CACACGCACAAACCCAAACCCAGAGCGCGCAGACAUGUUCGCUUGGGGAGAGCAGAGCGCGCACGGCUUCAGGUUGAAGGACGGAUCUUAUGUCCCUCACAGCGGGGACACGGGGGACGCAGUGGCUUUCCUGGACCUGGCCCGGCCCGUGACGGAUUUGUGCGUGAGCUCCGGGCUGCUGGCGUUCGUGAACAGAGAAGGGAGCGCGUUUGUCAUCCGCAUAAACCCGAGGGGAGACGGGACGCGGGUCCGAGGAAAACAAAAGCGGGUGGAGACCAAGGAGAAGAUCCAAGCUGUGAGCUGCACCCAAGACACGCUCUAUCUGCUGUCCAACCAGGGAAAAGUGCUCUGUAUCCAGCCUCAUGUCCCACUCCGGGCAUUUGAAGCUUUUCGUGGCGUGUCCGUGUGUCAGGUCUCAUGUGGAAGUCAACAUUCUCUGGCCCUGACCAAAGAUGGUGUGGUGUUCAGCUGGGGCGUGGACUCCAGGGGCCAGUUGGGUGUGGCUAAGGGUGGCCCCGGGGUCUCCAGUCCUCAGCCUGUGAGGAGUUUGCAGGAACUCCCUGUGGUGCAGGUGUCUGCAGGAGGAGAGCAGAGCUUCUGUCUCUCAGUGUCUGGAGCAGUGUGGAGCUGGGGACACAACUGCAGUGGACAGCUGGGCCUGGGGGACACCACAGACAGACACACUCCAACUCUGGUCCAUAGUCUGAACAUGAAGAAAACCUGUCACAUCUCCUGUGGAGAAACUCACACUGCUGUUCUCACCAAGGACGGGGCGGUGUACACGUUUGGAUCAGGGCAGUACGGGCAGCUCGGACACAACAGCUUCAGGGACGAGCUGAAGCCUCGGGUCGUGGCAGAACUUUGGGGGUCAAAGGUCAUGGCUGUGGCCUGUGGGAAGCUGCACACAGUGGUGCUCACAGGCUCUCGUGUGUACUCAUGUGGAGUCCAGGGACCAGGACCAGGGCUGGACUCACAGGAGCGUGCUGCUGCUGCUGCGGUCCCUCUGCUGGUGCCACUGCAGUAUGAGCUCACAGAGGGUAAGAGCAUCAGACAGGUCUUUGCUGGAGGACAGUGCUCCUACGCCGCCUGCUCUCUCCAGGAGAGGGAGCACCAGUCUGAGGGUACAUCCCCUCCUCCUCUCUCUGAUCUGCUCACCAAGUGGACCUCUGACACACAGUCGUGGGAGAAGACCAAACGGUAUAUCACCCGGACCUUUUGUUCUGCCUCACGUCUGAAUCAAAGCUUUCUGGAGCACAGGCACUUUGAGACAUCGACAACUCGCUGUGGUCUGGACCUGUCUGCUGCUCGCAGCUCCUUCUCCAAACUUCUGAAUCAGCCCAAAGUGAUGAAGGAGGUGAAGAGGGCGUGUGAGCUCCUGCUCCGGUCUCUGAGCCCCUGCCCAGUGGGGGUGGAGUGUCUGAGGGUCUAUCUGCUGCUGACGGAGCUGCUCCAUGUGCUCUACCAGCUCCCCACAACAGAGAGACUUCACAGCAGGACCGCACUGGUGGAGGCCCUGGCCACAGCUAUACUCUGCCUGCCAAAAGAGAGCAUCCAAGUGCUAGGCGAGUGGUGGUCUGCUCUGCCCUCCUCCAUCAGGCUGAGACAUGUGUGUGUGUGGAGAGUCACUGCUCCUCAUGUCUCCUCACUCAGUGCCUGCAGAAGUGUGCUGCAGGUUCUCCAGCUCAUGUACAAUAAGAACAAGGCUCUAGGCUCAGACAGAUUUCCAGACAGCGAGUUCAACAUACCAGUACCUUUUAAUUUCGUGAUAGACAUGGUGACAUGGAAACUAGAGCCAACACUCAGGAUUAAGUUUGGUGAAGAGCCUAUUCUCUGUAGCUUCCCCUUUUUAAUGGACCUUCCAACGAGGCACAACGCAUUAAGCCUGAGCAACAAGUACCUCAUGGAGAAAAGCUCUCUGGGGUGGACUUGUGAGGAGGAGUGUCUGGAGAUGAUGUUUUCUGGCUUGUUCAUUGAGCAGAACUUCACUCUAAGGCUGAGACGAGAGCGUGUCAUGGAGGACACGUUCACACAGCUGUCCCUCACCGAGACCACAGACCUCAGGAAACCUCUGCAGGUUUAUUUCAAUGACGUGGACAUAGAAGACAACGUAAACCAAAAGGACUUCUUCCACCUGCUCUUCCAUGAGCUGGUGUCUGCAGAGUCUGAGAUGUUCAUGUUUAACGAGUCUGCCACACUGGCCUGGUUCUCCUCCACAGCCAAGCCCCCGCUGGAGCACUACUUCCUGUUCGGAGAGCUGUGCGGGCUGGCUCUGUACCACCAGCACGUGCUGUUCCUUCUUCCUCUGGCUCUGUUUAAAAAGCUGCUGGGGGUGGCGCCCUCUCUGGACGACCUGUGCCAGCUCAGCCCCUGCACCGGACAGAGCCUGAGGUGUCUGCUGGAGGAGUACAGUGAUGACGUCAUACAGAGUCUGGACAUGGGCUUCACGAUCUACUGGGACCAAAUGGAGGUGGCCCUGGAUCCACAGAGCCCUGACCGCCCAGUGACCGGACAUAACAAGGAGGAGUUUGUGGCAGCCUUCAUAAAGCACGUGUUCACCAGCUCCGUGCACAGCCAGUUUGAGGAGUUCAGGCGAGGCUUCUACAGGACCAUCAACCGCCACAUAGUUUCGCUCUUCAGCCCAGAGGAACUAAGGGACCUGAUGGUGGGACAGGAGUGCACUGACUGGACUAAGCUCAAGCAGUGUGCUGUGUAUGAGGGGGUCUAUAAGAAGGACCGAGAGCACCAUCCCACCAUCCAGAUGUUUUGGGAGGUCUUCGAUGAGCUCACAGAAGAGGAGAGGAAAGCACUUCUUUGGUUCAUCACUGGCUUUGAGAGGCUGCCCAUUCUCCAUGUGGAUUUAAAGAUAAAAUUCCAAGGCCUGUCCCAGCGAGAGGAGGGUCUGAGUGAGGACCAGUACUUCCCCCAGUCCCACACGUGCUUCAGCACUCUAGAACUGCCUCAGUACUCCUGCAGAGAGCUCAUGAAGAAGAGGCUGAGUGAGGCGCUAGCACAGGUCCACCACAGGCUCGACCCGACUUUUAUAGACAUCAAAGCACCAGAUAUACUCCUCUAUGACUAACCUGCCUAGUGGCUCACGUGGAGAAGUUUGUGUUUUAAGCUUAUGUAGCUCUGUUACUCAUGCACUCUUGCGUGUUUUCCCAAUUUAAUUAGCUGGUGAUUAUGCACUUUAUUUUCUUUCUACAACGGUCUUAAUUAUGUUUAGAACAGAUGGUAAAUAAAUGGUGAAUAAAUAUUACCAGACUUUUUUAAAAGCACUGUGAAUCAUUCAUUUGUUCAUAAAUGGGCUGAAUGACCAGCAGAGGGUAGCAAAGUGUAGAUAUUUCUAACAGAAGAAUGUUUUUAGCUUCCUUAUGUUUUGUAUGUUGCUGUACAUAUUAAACAGAGUUUACGUUGAGUUAGUUUCAGUGGUAAAUAUAAUUUGCAGAUUUUUUUUUUUUUUUUUACAUAUGUAAACUAAACUAAUAUUUUGACAUUGAUAUUGUUAGUGUCUGCAGUCACUCAAGUUUUAAAUGUUCUGUCAAAAUAAGAGCAUUAAAGUGUUGACGUUUGUGUGUGUUUGUGCCUGACCCAUGGGCCCGUACACAUACAUCUGUAGAAUACUUUCA